UCGAGGAGUUUGUUGCCUUCUUUUCCGCCGUCAGUCCGGAGUUCCCGCUGGAUGAGCAAUUUGAGUUGUACAUGCUGCGUGAGUGGGAUGCAGACGCCCCAGCGAGGCCAACGAUGAAUGAAACGCAACGCGAGUGGGACUCGAAUGGGGACCCUCUCGCCAUCUCAAAGUCAAUGUUUGUUCAGGAUGCACUAAACACGGCGUUGGGCAUGUCGGCGAAGAGUUAUAACUUCUCACACAUGCAGCGCUCUCACCCGCACGUGGAGCCGCUGCCACCGCUGGAGCGGGACUACAUGAGUGUCAUGAAGCGGGAUUUCUGUUACUUUCCAAAGGACAAGAUUCUUACGGCAAACACGCUGUGCUACCGAUAG